AGCUGUUAGCUGGUGGAGGCUAACCUGUCCUCUGUACUCCAGGUUGCCUGAUGCUGCUCGCCUGGAUGACCUUGUGUCCGGUGGGGAUGAUGGUGGCUCGGUACCUGAGAAGAUCCAGUCAGGUCCAGAUGUUUGGCAAAGAUCUGUGGUUUGUGAUCCACGUCUCCGUGAUGAGCUUCACCGUGGCAACCACCAUCAUCGCCUUCAUCCUCGCCUUCUCAUACCUUGGCGGCUGGGAAUAUGUAAGUGGAGUGUUACCUCCUGCUGGUUCUGAUCCAUUAGACCAGAACCGGUGUUCUGACUAUCAGUGCUACCUCGUCAGAUUUUCCUACGAUAGCACGGAUAGAUAGCUAAGUCUAUCAGUCAGUGCUGCGCAUACAAAACUCCUACCG